AUGUCAUGCUCAAGAAUAUUUUCAGGAGAUUUGCCUGAAUUAAUGAAUGAUAUUAUAAAAUAUUUACAGAAUGAUUUUUCAACAUUACAUUCAUGUAUUUUAGUUAAUAGAUCAUGGUGUCGUUUAACAAUUCCAUUACUAUGGGAAAAUCCAUUUUCUAUUCCUACAAAAAAUUAUAAUUUUAUUGAAAUUUACUUAAAUAAUUUAAAUAAUAAAUCAAAAUUAAAAUUAAAUAAAUAUAAAAUUAAUAAUAAUUUAUUACCUUCGAAUACACUUUUUAACUAUCCCAGUUUUAUAAAGUAUUUGAAUACGGGGAGUAUUAGUUUUUCUAUUGAAAAGUGGUUUAAAACUUUAAAACCUGAAAGUAGAUAUUUUUUACAAGAGUCAAAUACAUUUUUAGAAGUUAAAUUUAAAGGCUUAAUUUGGAUGUUACUACUUAAAUUGUUUAUUGAGAAUGAAGAAAAUUUAUAUAAUUUUGACAUUGAAAUCACCGAUGAUUCUAAUAUCUAUUUUGAAGAUUUUCUCGAAUUAAUGUUACAAAAUCCAAAUUUUAUUAACAAUAUUAGAAAUUUUAAACUUUAUAUUGAGAUUAAUUCUUUAUUUAUCAAUUGUAGAAAUAUGUCAAUUAAAAAUCGUAUAUCACAAAUGAUUGAUUCACAUCAAAAUCUUAAAAAAAUUGUAUUAGGUUAUAAAAGUUUUCCUUUUUAUCAAUCAUUAUUAUUAUCAAAUAAUUGUUCAAAUUCUUUAAACACAAUCAUAUUUUAUAACAUCAAUUUUUGUGAUAUAAUCAAUUUAGAUAAAGUAUUUGAUCAAUUAAAUGUUUUAAAAUCUGUUCAUAUAGUUUAUUGUUCUUCUUUAGAUAAUGAUUUUAUUCAACAAAUUAUUAAUUUAACUAAACCAUUUAAACUUAAAUCUUUAUUUAUAAGAGAGAUAUUAAAAAUUAAAUCAUUGGAAUUAUUAUUACAAAAAUCUGGUGGUUAUUUAGAAAAUAUUGGAUAUAACUUUGAGUGUGAUAAUGGUUUAUUUAAACAAAAAUUUUUAGAAUUAAUUAUAAAAUAUUGUAAAAAUAUUAAAUUUUUUGAAUUACAAGAAACUGAUAAUCAAAUCAUUUAUUUAGCAUUGGAUUUAAUUGAAAAUAUAAGACAAAAUAUUAAUUAUCUUUCUAUUGAUAUAUAUGGAUCAAGUGAUAACUGUGAUUCAUUUAUAUUAAGAAAUUUAGGUCAAAAACUUCCACUUAAAUUAGAAUAUUUAUGCUUGAAUCUUAAUAUUAAUACAAAUGAUUUUGAAAUAUUCUUAAAAAAUUCUCAGAAUACUUUUAUUAACAAGUUGUUAAUCAAUAAUUUAAAAGCUGAAAAUAUUUUAUCUUGUAUAAAAGAAAAUAUCAUGAAAAAGAAAAGAGUCAAAUAUUUAGCUAUUAUGAAUUCUUUUGAUUAUAUAGAUUUGUUUUCAUUGAAAGAUGUAGUCAAGGAAUUUGAGUUUUAUAAUAUUAUAAUUCAAAAAUAUGAUGAUUUGAUUAUUUAUGCGGAUAGUGUAAACUUUGUAAAAGAAUUGGAUUAG